GGUGGCCCCAGCAUCGCUAGCAUCCGUGGCCUUGGCAUUUCGGAGCAGCGCUCCGUGGAGCUCAGCGCGGCCGCUUGGCCCGUGGCCCGUUGGCUCGGCGCCCGCCCGGCGGUCCCGCCCCGGCAGGGACGCAGGGAGCACCCGCCCGCCGGCGCCCCUCUCUCCCGCGCCCAGUCCUCCCGCGCAGCGGCUCGCGGUGCGCGCGUUUCCCUCCUGCCCACCCGGUGCAGCCAUGGCCGCCUCCUCUGCGCGGCCCGCCGUCCUGGCCAUGAGCGCACUGGCGCUGCUCCUGCUGCUGUGCCUGGGCCCAGGUGGCAUAAGUGGAAAUAAACUCAAGCUGAUGCUUCAAAAACGGGAAGCACCUGCUCCAACUAAGACUAAAGUGGCUGUGGACGAGAGCAAAGCUAAGGAAUUCUUGAGCAGCCUGAAGCGCCAGAAACGGCAGCUCUGGGACCGGACUCGGCCGGAGGUCCAACAGUGGUACCAGCAGUUCCUCUACAUGGGCUUCGAUGAAGCGAAAUUUGAAGAUGAUGUCACCUAUUGGCUGAACAGAGAUCGGAAUGGACACGACUACUACGACGAUUACCACCAGCAUCACUAUGAUGAAGAUGCUGCGAUCGGUCCCCGGAGCCCCGACAGCUUCAGGCACGGGGCCAGCGUCAACUACGACGACUACUAACCGUUAGGUACCACGCGGUGUACAAGGAACCUCUUCGUCACGCCUCGCACCAUUUGGUUUCUGUUGUGCUUUAUUUCAGUAGUUCUUUUCUACCCACUUUCUGUGACCAGAAAGGAAGUUAAAACAAUAUAAAUGCCUUUUGAUAUUUCAUGCAAGUGCCUAAAAAUGCAUUUCAUUUAAAAACAGAAAUAAAAGCAUUUUGUUAAAAA